ACUUGUAGAAAGUCAUUAUCAGAUCGGUUACAUUUCAAUGCCAACAGAGUUAAAAAUGCCCACCAGAGCCAAGUGUCCUUAGAAAACACAAAGGCUAUAAUUUGGUCAGUUUUACAAAUACUGAGUUAAGGUUUGAUGUUUGAUUAUAACUUUGAAAAUGAAGAGCAGCAGUAGAGGUUGAGCUGUUUUCUCAUUUCCUGAACUCCACCCUCCUCUAUCUGGACCCCCUCGGCUCGGAGGGCUCCAGACCCCAGUUUUGAGGACCUCCGGCUCUGAGCCAACCCACUCUGCUCGCAUGCUCCAUUGUCUUUAAAGAGAGAGCGGGCUGUUUGCAAACAGGUAGCCUGUCUGCGUUAGCCGCUCUGUGGGCUGCUCCCUCCGAGCAGGGUGGCUUUAUUUGUGACUCUCACUGACUGAGCCGCAGUCCUCCUCCGCCGGUUUGCCUCCACGCACACGGCAGCCUCGGCCGGCCGGCGCUCGGAUGCUGGGGGUCCGCGCCGAUAAGGGACGAGUGCAGGGCCCGCGGAAGGAAAGCGGGGAGAACACGAAGGGCACGUUUCCUCUACCGGGACUCGCGUUGAGCCGUAACGGUCCGCUCCACCUCCGAACCUUCUCCUCCCGGAUGCGUUUGUUGUUCCCUCACUCCCCCCGGUCGCUAAUUACUCCGCGUCAAGGAUUUAAAACCAGAGAAUAAGAAACCACCGAGGUCUCUCCUUCUUCUUCUUCUACGGAUUUAAAUUUCCAGACUCCUCAUCGCUCGGAGGGACAAACAUGGAUUUGAGCAAAAUUGCCGUCAGCAUCAACAAGGCCAUCAACACACAGGAGGUCGCUGUCAAAGAGAAGCAUGCCAGGACCUGCAUCUUGGGGACCCAUCAUGAGAAAGGGGCCCACACUUUCUGGGCUGUCGUCAACCGGCUCCCCCUGUCCAGCAACGCGGUGCUCUGCUGGAAGUUCUGCCACGUCUUCCACAAGCUGCUGCGAGACGGACACCCGAACGUGAUCAAAGACUCCAUGAGGAACAAGGCUGAUCUGGCUGAUAUGAGCAGGAUGUGGGGCCACCUGAGUGAAGGCUAUGGGAAGCUGUGCAGCAUCUACCUCAAACUUCUCAUCACCAAAAUGGAGUUUCACAUUAAAAAUCCUCGUUUCCCCGGUAACCUGCAGAUGUCAAACAGGCAGCUGGAAGAGGCGGGCGAGAACGACGUGAACAACUUCUUCCAGCUGACAGUGGAGAUGUUCGACUAUCUGGAGUGUGAGCUCAACCUCUUCCUCGGUGUCUUCAACUCUCUCGACAUGUCUCGGUCGGUGUCGGUGACGGCCGCCGGUCAGUGUCGUUUGGCUCCUCUGAUUCAAGUCAUCCUGGACAGCAGCCACCUGUACGAUUACACAGUCAAGCUGCUGUUUAAGCUGCACUCCUGCCUUCCAGCCGACACUCUGCAGGGCCACAGAGAUCGCUUCCAGGAGCAGUUUAAGAAGCUAAAGAGUCUUUUCUAUCGCUCCAGUAACCUGCAGUAUUUCAAGAGGCUGAUUCAGAUCCCACAGUUGCCUGAGAACCCUCCAAACUUCCUGCGUGCGUCUGCUCUGUCGGAACACAUCAGCCCCGUGGUCGUGAUCCCCGCCGAGUCGUCCUCUCCCGAGUCAGAGCACGUGGUGGAGACGGACGACCUGGUGGACACGGACGUCCCUGCGCUGCCGGCUCCCUCAGAGACGAAGUUUGACGACUUGUUUGGAACGUCAGCUGCUAUCGAUCCGUUUAACUUCAGCAGUCAGAAUGGCAUGCGCAAAGAUGACAAAGACCGUCUGAUUGAACAGCUGUCGAGGGAGAUCCAGGCCCUCAAAGAGGAGCUGGAGUCCUUCAGGCUGGAGAGCGGUCGGUUGUGUCAGGCGCUGAGGGGGCGUGUCAACGAGCUGGAGGCGGAGCUUGCAGAGCAGAGCCACCUGAGGAUGCAGGCCGUGGGGGAGAGCGAGUUCCUGAAGGCGGAGCUGGACGACCUGCGGAGGGUGAGGGAGGACACAGAGAAGGAGCAGCGCAGCCUGACGGAGAUCGAAA